AUGCUGCAGGCGCUGCAGCUGUAUGCAGCAGGGUACUACAAAGCUGCCGGAGCCGAAGCAUCGGCGAUACGAGCAACCGACAGCUAUACAGAGCAGCAGCGAGAGUUCUUGGUGGCAGCCUGCGAGCAACAAAAACAACUGCUAUUGCAGUCGCCGCAUGUGCUGCAAAAGCAGCACCCACAACAACUACAGCAAAUGCUCCAUUGCAGCAACCCUGCCAUACAGGCCCUUGCACUCUUUCUGUUGUCGACAAGAUAUUGUCAAACAGAGCAGCAUCCAGAGCGACAACAGAUGCAGAAGCAGCUACAGGAGCUAGGGAGAACCUGCGCAGCCGCUGCAUUCCUGGCAGCGGCAUCUGCAGCCGAAACAAACCCUGUGGGAGCACUGCAACUGUGUAACAACUGUACGACUCCCGAAAUGCGAGCGCUGCGGCUGCAGUUGCUGCUGCGGAUACACCGGGAGGACAGGGCUAAGAUGCAGCUAGAAAGCGAUAUUGCGAGCGGCGCCUACGAGACGGCGGAGCAGUCGAUUUCGCGCGCCCUUUAUCAUCUCUGGGAGGGAGAUGCAGUUUCGGCGGAGGCCUCCCUAACAGAUGCUGAAAUGGCUCUCUCUCUGAGGGCAGGCGACGUCUCAGCGCUCAUUGAAAACGGACGGGCUGCCUGUGCAAUGCAGCGGGGCGACUUUCAGACGGCUAGCGAACGCCUCAACAACCUUCUCACCGUGGCACCGUGGGAUGAGUCCGCUUUGUGCAAUGCGAUUUGCUGCUUUAGAAGACUCCACAAGAAUGCGCUUGCAGAUGAGCUCUCUGAGUAA